AUGCCCCCACCAUAUCCAUCAUUUACAUUACCAUCUUCAUUGCUUCCAAUUACUACCACAAAUCCGAGCAUGCGUCCAAAGCGUUACUUUAAUGUGAAUGAGGCAAAAAAAUCUGGAUCAAUUGAUUAUAUUCAAGUAAGAUCAACGAGAUAUAAAGUUUACUCAUUAUUUGAAAAAAUGGGAGGAAGUAUUAUGUUAUCUGAGAUACCACAGUUUUAUUUGGAAGAAUAUAAUAGAGCUCUAGAGUAUCAAGGAAGAUUGUCUUAUGUUUUAGAAAAUGAAUUUCCUGGAAUUUUUGAAAUAAUUCAAGCUCUUCCAGGGAACCAGACAGUAGUUAUUUUUAAACAAAUUUGGGAAAAAGUUAAAGAAGAUAUAGUUAAAGCUCAAAAAUGUGAUAUAUCCUUAAGUCAUUCACGUGAGGAGAUACAAUCCAAUUUUUCUGGAAUGGAAAACGAUACGGUGAGUCGUAGAACCUGUGAUAAGAAACAGACUUGUACCGCUGCGACAUCCAAAAAUGAAGAGACAAAAUUCAUCAGGCCAUCAUCACCCAAAGAGUUUAAUAUUAAGCGAAUAUUUGAUGAUAAAGAUUUUUUAAAAAUAUCGGAACUUCAACGUGAUGUUUUGGAGCUUUUAUUUUUUUAUUAA